AAAACUGUAACAUCUCAUUCCGCAACAAUAUGUCGCGAUCGUUGUUAAUUUUCGUCAGUGUCUGCCUGGCAUUGGCAGUUGGUGAACAAGCUCGUUAUGACAAUUAUAGAGUUUACAAAGUUAUCGCAAAUGACAUUGACCAAUUGGCCGCUUUAAAGGAUCUCGAUGGGUCUACUGAUAGUAUGAUUUUCCUUGAUGGAGUUCAUGCUUUGUCGAAGGGUGUUCAUGUGGUGGUUGCCCCUCACAAAGUUCCUGAUUUCGUCAACAUUCUAAGCACGAAAGGAAUCACCCACGAACUGGUCGAAGAGGAUGCUCAAUCCAGGUUGGAUAGUGUAGAUUUGGGAAUUUCAGGGCGUGCACGUUCAGGAUAUGGUUGGACAUCAUAUCACACUCUUGAGGAGAACUACGAAUGGCUCAGAUCAUUGGCCAAGGCUUAUCCCAAAGUUGUAUCGCUGAUCGUUGGUGGAAAAUCCUACGAAGGUCGCCAAAUCUUGGGCAUCAAGAUUUCCCACAAAUCCGGAAACAAGGGUAUCUUCAUCGAAGGUGGUAUUCAUGCUCGUGAAUGGAUUGCACCCGCCACUGUGACCUAUAUAAUCAAUCAACUUUUGACCAGCACCUCCCCUCAAAUCAAGAAUAUCGCGAUAAACAACGACUGGUACAUUUUCCCACACGCCAAUCCUGAUGGUUAUGCCUACACUUGGACUAACGAUCGUAUGUGGCGCAAGACACGUCGUCCAUAUGGCAGUUGUUUUGGUGCCGAUCCCAACAGGAACUGGAACUUCCACUGGAAUGAAGUUGGAUCUAGCAACAAUGCCUGCUCUGAUACCUAUGCUGGACCAUCGGCUGCUUCAGAAAUUGAAGUUAAAACCUUGUCGAGCUAUAUUUCCUCGUUGAAGGGAAAAAUCCAUUUGUACAUUUCGUUCCAUGCAUACUCUCAAUACUUGCUGUAUCCAUAUGGACACACCAACCAAUUGCCACCAAAUGUCGCCGAUUUGAAAACAGUUUACAAUGCAGCUGUUGAUGCAAUGAACAAACGUUAUGGCACCAAGUACACAGGAGGCAAUAUUUACGAUGCUAUCUAUCCUGCUUCAGGAUCAAGUAUUGAUUGGGCUUAUUCCAAUGUUAAUACUAAAUUGGCUUACUGUUAUGAAUUGAGACCAUCGAGCAAUAAUAUCUGGUAUGGAUUCCAAUUGCCAGCUUCUCAGAUUAUUGCAACUGGUGAGGAGACUAUUGAUUCCAUUGUAGCUAUGGUUGGAAAAGCCAAACAGUUGAAAUACUUGUAAGCUUUUAAAGUGAAAUAAAAACGAGUGUUUUUUGGUUUGAAAUCAA